AUUAUCUCAUUUAUCACCAAGGCGAAUUUAUGAUAUAUCCAAUGGGAUUAGAACCAAUUCCUGUGCCGCCUCCGGGUUCACCUCCGCCACCCCCUCCACCUCCAGAUUGGCCGCCUCGUCGGCCGCGUCCUGGUCCACCUCCUCGUCCUAAUUUGCUACCUUAUCAUACUGAUUUGUUGGGUUACCAUUCUAAUGCCUUUCAAGGGAUUAAGAAAAACCCUAUAUAUACGUCUCACCUAGUUGGUUACUAUCCUUAUUAUGAUUAUCAACCUUAUAUUCCUUUUCUGGUGCCUUCAACUACAAGCAAUCACUAUACUCAUACAUCUACCCCUCCUGCCUUAAUAAGCAUGCAAGAUACUAUUGGGGUAGAAUACUUUGACAAGGAUGUGAGAAACAAUUUCAAGCAUCCAACAUUGUUGAAGGAUUUGGAAAGAGGACAAAGACAUGACCCUGCAUAUGUAGUUAGAGAUGAUCCCAGUUACUACUAUCAAGGAGGAAUAAUGGUGUAUCCAAUGGAAACUGAACCAAUUCCGACAGUUCCAUAUCCAAAUCCAGAACAUCCUUCUCCGAUUCCAACUAUACCAAUUUCGCCUCCGCCUCUGCCUCGCCGUCCCCGUCCCCGUCAUCGUCAACCUCCUAGGCUACGAAAAGUUAAAAGAAACCAUGAAUAUCAACCUUCUAUUUCUUCUUUGAUGUCUUCAACUAAAAGAAAUCACUAUACUCAUUCAGCUACGUACCCAUCAAGCCUUAAGCAUGGUAGAUUUUAUUGGUGA